UUUUUUUUUUUUUUUUUUGGACUGACCUUUGAACGCUUUCUGCAAUCGCUGUAACACUGAUGUCAAGAUUAAAUUAUUCCGUGAUCUAACUUUGAUGUUUUUUUUAAAUAUUUUACCCACUAGCCAGUUCCAAACAUCAGUUCCGUCAUCUACAUCCUAAGCCUGCCCGGGCAUGCCUUACAGAAUUUGACGUUUAAAUGGGCUUCAUCCCACCGGAGUGUGAUUGGAUGUCAGACUCAAAUCUUUCUCUGCACUGAAAACAACUGAUGCUGAUGCUUGCUGCUGAAACUCCUGGACAACAUGAGUGUUGCAGACUCAAUCUGCUGCAAUGGCUGGGAUGAAUGAAAACUUGUGGUCGGAGAAAGCCUGCUCAGUCCUUAUUCCUUCUUUACCAUUAUGGAUCAUUGAAUAUGCCUGGAGUAAACGGAUGAUGGAGGUCUUAGAAGUUCUCGGGCCUCCAUUAUGGCUAGAAGGUGAUUGGAAUAUUUUGAGUCUUGAAGAGCCAUGCAAGAUCCGUGUGGUGGCGGCAGAGGUCUGGAGAAUCGUUCAAACCAGAGACAUUGAGCACUUUGAGAGAGUCACUGAGUUUCUGGAUUUUACAUACAGGCUUGUGCCACGACUGGUGACUCCCAUCAAACACAUGAAGCUCAUGUUUGGUCUGCAGACACUGGUUGUUAUGUGGAUGUUGUGGAAUGACCAGAUCACUGCUAAAAUCUCUGAAAAGAUUGAAAGCCUGUUUCCCAACAGCCUGCCUGAGUAUCACAAAUGCAGCCAAAGGCACAUGAAGCUAAUGCAGAAGAACAGAGAAGAUUUCAAGUCCUUUGCUCACGUUCUAGCGAGAAACAGGGAAACACGCGAGGCUUACAUUCGGGAUUUAAUAGAGGAGCAAUAUGGUGAACGCUAUGCACAGAAACUGGAGGAGAGACUAUCACACUAUUUGGAAGAGCUCGAUAAAGCCCUGCCACAGCUUACAUACAUUGAACAGGUACUGAAACAGACCUAUCCACAGGGAAAAGGAGAGAAGAUUCUGAACCAAUUACUUUCAAGAGAUGGUGCCUCUCAAGCCAUAGCUCUAAGGAGGCUCCUACACUGCGCUGUGACAACAAAUCUGAGCCUUGAUGACAGCACUGCACCAUCACUCAAUUCAAUCACAAGUGAGGAACAGAGGAACGUUGAAGUUGUUAAUCCAUCCCAUGGAACCCUACAUGUGGCCUUUAGACCAUCUCAGGAAAGCACAAAGGAAGAUAGACUCUCACAAACAUGUUUGAAAGAGUUCUGUCUGUCCCAGGGCUUGUGGCAGAACAGAGACAGAGGAACCACUUUAACUCCGCAAAGCUCAAAGGAAAUGUGUGAUGAUGGACCGAUGCUUACAUCUACGCAGGUGUCUGGUUCACUUGAGCCUGAGAUCAAUCAGAUUGACUUCAGCCCAUCUCUGCAUGAGGAGAAGGAACCAGUAUGGAGCAGUCGGCAGCAGAAACAGACAAAGACUGAUUUAGACACAGAACAAAAAGAGCCUGAACAUGAACUUGCAGAGCAGAUGUGCUCUAGACAUGGUAAAAAAAUGAAGAGCAUCCUACAGGAAUGUUCUGAAGAACUUGAUGUGGAUGCUGUACAUGCUGAAUGCACUCCAACAUCACCGCAAAGCACUCCACCUCUUCAAACUGUAGCCCUUAGACACGCCUCUCCAAACCAACACUCCUUGUCCACUAACACAUCUGUGUCCUCACACCAGGAUUCAUCCUCUACGAACAUUUCAAUGUCCUACAUCGAGCAAGUAACUCUUUCACCAGAGUCCUCCUCACAUCAGCAAAACAUUUUAACAUCAACAUCCUCAAAGGAGCAGGUUUCUCCUCAGUCUUCCUCAUCGUCAAAAUCUACUGCCUCAAAGCAAUUAAUAAGCACCCCAAGAAUCAAUGCAGGACAGAUUCUAGAAACUGUAGGACAGGUUUUAGCUUCCGUUGUCUUCACUGAUCCAAGCAAAAACAAUGGACACAAUUUGAAACUGUCCCUAGAGAGUCAGAGCUUUCUCAUGCAGUCCAAGUGGCUUCAACCUCAAGUGCGGCUUCAUAGACUAAGCAAGGAGGAAUUUGCCAGGGCCACGACUUCAGCCAGUGACAUCUCAGAAAAAGAACAAGAUGCUGAAGAACAGGAAUACAUGUUUUUUGAUGUAAAUAGUCUGUACUCUGAUACAGACUCUGACUCAGAAACAGACUCUGAUGACCCCGAGUACAAGCCUAACGAGGACUAAAUGCAGAGAACACCAGAAAUAUAUAAUGUCUAUGUGACUAUUUAAAUUAUUAAAGUAUUUAGGGGGGCUUAAAGGGAUAGUUCACUAAAAAAAAUUCUCAUAAUUUACUCACCUUAAUGCUAUCCCAGAUGUGUAUGACUUUCUUUCUUCUGAACACAAACUAAGAUUUUUAGAAGAAUAUUUCAGCUCUGAGGGUCCAUACAGUGCAAGUGAAUGGUGACCAGACCUUUGAAGGUCCAAAAAGCAGAUAAAAGCAGCAUAAAAAUUAUUCAUAAGACUCCAGUGGUUAAAUCCAUAUCUUCAGAAGUGAUAUGAUAGGUGUGGGUGAGAAACAGAUCAAUAUUUAAGUCUUUUUUGUUUUACUAUCAAUCUCCACUUUCACUUUCUUUUUCAGAUGUGAAAAUAAAAGUGAAAGUGGAGAUUUAUUAUAUUAAAAUAAAUACUUAAAUAUUGAUCUGUUUCUCUUUUUUUCUGUUUUAUCUGCUUUUUGACCUUCAGAUUUCUGGUCACCAUUCACUUGCUUUGAAAGGACCAACAGAGCUGAAAUAUUCUUCUCAAAAUGUUAAUUUGUGUUCAGCAGAAGAAAGAAAGUCAUACACAUAUGGGAUGGCAUGAGGGUGAAUAAAUGAUGAGAGAAAUUUCAUUUUUGGGUGAACUAUCCCUUUAAAAAAAGAAUUCUCUUAUCAUUUAGGCAUGUUGUUCCAAACCAGUACAACUUUAUUUCUUCCAUAUUACAAAAAAGGAGAUGUUAGAAAGAAGUCAGCUUCAGUCACCAUUCACUUUCAUUAUAUGGGUGGGAAAGAUGAAGUGAAAGUGAAUGGUGACUGAGGCUAAAUUUCUGCCAAACAUCUCUUUUUGUGUUCUACAUAAGAAAGAAAGUAAUGUAGGUUUGGAACGACAUGAGGGUGAGUAAAUGAUGACAGAAUUGUCAUUUUUUUGGUGAAUUAUCCCAUGGCACAACCCACCCAGCUGAGUAUGUAAUCCUGCAGUUGCAUUUUGGUAACACAACAAAACAGCUAAUUUACCAGUUUCAAUAAUCUAUGCAACUUCAAAAUGCUUAUGUUAAAUAAAUCUUUUGUUUAUCAAAACAUUGAUUGCACAAUAAUAUUUCUAUGGCUAAAAUACAAUUCUCUACAAAGCCAAAAUGCAAGAACUAUACUAACACUGAAACUGAAAAAAUGGUUUCAAAGUUUUAUGAUUAUCCAGCUGAAAAUUUAAA